AACGCAUUUCCCGUGGUGACGUCAUGCGCAGGAGCGGAGAUGGAUAAUCAGCCUAUCCUCGACGCGGUGCUUCCUUCGUUGAGCCUGCUCUGAGCUUCAGCUUCAGCUCCAAGGAGGUCCGUCUUCUUUCAGGGACCGGGAAUCCUGACGGUUUGAACCGCGGCGAUAAAUAGUCUGAGAGGCGGUGGUUGCUUCCUCGCGAGCAAUGAAUACCAGAAGGGACGUCCGUGGCAAUAGAGCUGCUCUCUUUGAUGGGAUUGAAGAAGGUGGAAUUAGGGCAUCAUCUUCUUACUCUUCUCAUGAGAUUGAUGAGCAUGAGAAUGAAAGAGCAAUGGAUGGCUUGCAGGAUAGAGUCAUUCUGCUGAAGAGAUUAUCUGGUGAUAUAAACGAAGAAGUGGAGACCCAUAACCGCAUGUUGGAUCGAAUGGGCAAUGAGAUGGAUGCUUCCAGGGGAGUUCUGUCAGGAACAAUGGAUCGUUUUAAAAUGGUGUUUGAGACGAAAUCAAGCCGGAGAAUGUUAUCUCUUGUCGCAUCAUUCGUGGUGAUUUUCCUAGUCGUGUACUAUCUCACUAGGUAAUGGAUCACAAUAGGUUGAAGGCUUAAAGCUGCUGGAGAUUAAAACUGUGGGGGGUUACUGGGAGCUCCUUACUGUAAGUAAAUACUGCUUGUGGCUUGUAAGUUCGUGGUCCUCUGUUUAAAGAUCUCAGGAUGUGUUUGAACUGUUGUCAAAGGCUUCGACCUUGAGUGGUAAUAAUAGUAGUAUAGCACCCGCCUAA